AUGAAGUUCAGCGUCGCCUCCUCUCUCGCCGUGCUGGCCGCCCUGACCAACGCCACCGCGACCCCCGCCAUCGAGAAACGCGCCACCUUCACGGACGCCUGCGGCGUCGGCUACGGCGCCGGCACUACGGGCGGCGCCGGCGGCGCCAUCACCACCGUCUCCACCCUCGACCAGUUCACCGCCGCCGUCGCAUCCGAGGACCCGGCCGUCAUCGUCGUCCAGGGCGCCAUCACCGGCGCCGCCAAGGCCCGCGUGGCCUCCAACAAGACCGUCAUCGGCCUCCCCGGCUCUUCCCUCACCGGCGUCGGCCUCUACGUCAACGAGGCCGAGAACGUCAUCCUCCGCAACCUCAAGAUCGCAAAGGUCCUGUUCGACAACGGCGAUGCCAUCGGCAUCCAGGCCUCCUCCCGCGUCUGGGUCGACCACUGCGACCUCUCGUCCGACCGCGACAACGGCAAGGACUUUUACGACGGCCUCCUCGACAUCACCCACGGCUCCACGGCCGUCACCGUCUCCAACACCUAUCUCCACGACCACUGCAAGACCUCCCUCGUCGGCCACUCCGACUCCAACGCGGCCAUGGACACGGGCAAGCUCUUCGUCACCUACGCCAACAACUACUGGAAGAACGUGGGCUCCCGCGCCCCCUCGGUCCGCUUCGGCAACGUCCACAUCUUCAACAACUACGAGGAGCACAUCGACUCCUCCGGCGUCAACACCCGCAUGGGCGCCCAGGUCCUCGUCGAGUCUUCCGUCUUCUCCCUCGUCAAGCGCGCCAUCACCUCCCGCGACUCGGACGAGACCGGCUACGCCACCUGCUUCGACGUCGACCUCGGCAACUCCACCGACAGCGCCCCCAAGGGCACCUUCGUCAAGCCCUCCUACUCCUACACCGUGCUCGGCGCUUGCAACGUCAAGGCUGCCGUCACCUCCUCGGCCGGCCAGACCCUCACGUUCUAA